CUUUCAUCCAUCACCGACUUGAAGCACGAUCCUCUUCCCCUCCCGACCGAGUUCGACCGAGUCGACUACGAAGGUCGGCAGCACAAGCAACGGAAGCUCAGCACUCAUCAACAUAAGCUUCUAUCGCCACCGGCUUCGGAACCCACAAGUACCAUAGCCGAUAUGCCUCUAUCCUCAUUAAAGCGACCACGAGAUCCCGAGGACCCUGCCGAUCGUGCUCACGGCGCCUUAUCCUCUUCGCAAUCGGACGAAGUAUACGAUCAAAUCACUCCACACCCCGGCCGCUUCUAACAAACUCAAACUGCAGAAUGGAUUCCAUUCUCGGCUGGUUCUAGCCAUAGCGGCCAGUCGUGGACCUCGAGCGCUUCCAGCUACUUGGCACCCGUCUUGAAGCAUUUAAAAUUGGUAUCAAGCUGAACAUCUCCUUCACGACAAAUCCGCAAUACCGAAAUAAAUCAAAUAGAAUUUAGAAUAGGCAGUUUCCGGCUAGACACUUACUCUGACUCCCUUAAUGCUUUACGGUGCCAGCUCCGCGACAUCGGGCUAGG